UGCCGGUGGUCUGAGGGCCAUCGCUAGCUCCACCGACAACGAGCACGGUAUCUAAAACCACCACCACCACCAACCCCUCCCCUGUCCUCCUCCUCCUCCUCCUCCUCUGGCUGUGGUUGCGCUUCUGCUGCUGCAGCGUCCAAGUUCAGGUGAGCCUCGUCGCCUGGCACAACAAGUCCCCCUCUCCGGCUCCAUCCCGUUAAAUGGGAUGUUAUAAAUGGGCCGCGCAGGAUGUGAUGCCUCGCUAGAAGAAGCAGGAGGAUGGCUAAACCAGGCUUGUCUGCGGCGGUGCUGCUGCUCCUGCUGGGCGUCCUGUCGGUGUCCUCCGUUAAUGCCGACGCCAUGCUGUCAGCUCCGCUCAAUGUGACCAUCAGAGAGAUUGAGGUCAACUCCGCCGUGGUCACAUGGGAAAUCUUGGAAGGGGACCCCGUUAUCGGAUUCGCCAUUACCCAACAGAAGAAGGAUGUACGCAUGCUGAGGUUCAUCCAGGAAGUGAACACCACCACGCGCUCCUGUGCAUUGUGGGAUCUGGAUGAGGACACGGAGUACAUCGUUCAUGUUCAGAGCAUCAGCAUGGGAGGCAGCAGCCCCCCCAGUGAGCCGGUCCUCUUCCGAACGCCCAAAGAGUCAGAGAAGAUGGCGUCCAAGAGCCCAGACGAGGUGACAAUGGAGGAGUUUGGUCACGCUGCCCAGCUGAGGGCUGGAGAACUCAUCAUCAUUGUAGUGGUGCUCAUCAUGUGGGCAGGGGUGAUCGCCCUGUUUUGUCGUCAGUAUGACAUCAUCAAAGACAACGAGCCCAACAACAACAAGGACAAAGCCAAGAACUCCUCAGAGUGCAGUACUCCAGAGCACCCACAGGGGGGGCUACUGCGCAGCAACGUCUAAGACCAGCCCUGCAUAGCCUUGUGCAAUAACCAAUUCCUCGAACCUCA